CCAUGAACAGAAGAUUCUGCAGUGAAAUGGUCCCUGAAAUAAAUAUACGUACUCUAUAUACACAGUCUACAUCAGCUUUCAACAGCCCAGGCUUCUUAAGUAACAAGUAAUGCACCCACCCAACAAACUUGCGCUUACAAAAAAACCAAACCGUUUCACUUUCAAUCUUUCUCCUUCAUGUUUGUUUCUCUUUCACUCGUCUGUUAGGUCUGAAUAACUGCCCUUUUUCCCUCACCUUUCUUAUUUAUUAGCUUUGCUUAAUUUCAACAAAUUUGUCAUUGUUCCUCUCUUUGAAUGAUGAGUGGAAGAAACAGGUUUCCUUUUACUGCAUCUCAGUAUCAAGAGCUUGAACACCAAGCUCUAAUCUUCAAGUACAUGGUCUCUGGCGUCCCCAUACCACCUGAUCUCCUCUUUACCAUCAAGAGAAGCCGCUUGGAUUCCUCACUUCCUUCAAGGCUUCUCUCUUACCAGCCUCAACAUGGUAAAACCCCAGAGUUAACUCACUUUUUUUUACUUUUUCCAUUUUGGGUUUUUGACAAUGAGUUUCCUGUUGUUUUUUUGGCAGUUGGAUGGAACUGUUUCCAGAUGGGAUUAGGGAGAAAAGUGGACCCAGAGCCGGGGAGGUGUAGGAGAACCGAUGGAAAAAAAUGGAGAUGCUCGAAAGAAGCCUACCCCGAUUCAAAGUACUGUGAGAGACACAUGCAUAGAGGCAAAAACCGUUCAAGAAAGCCUGUGGAAGUUAGUAGUAAUACAACAAUGGCAAACCCUUCAACAACAAACCACAACUUCUCGUCAUCGAUCACCAAGACUCGCCCUUCUUUUUCUUCUCUUUCUUCCAUGUCCUUGUCUUCUGAGUCCCAACAGCACCACCAUCAACUUCGCCACCAUGGUUAUCAUUCUCAGGUCAAUCAUCCCUUUAUGUAUCCCCAUGCAUCGAGGCCUCCAGGGGUUGGCCUGUCACCUCAAGAGAACACCACCCAUUCUCUUUUGGAUUCUGGCUCGUACUCCCAGACAAACACAGAUUACAGAAGGAACAGUUAUGUGUAUGGGCUGAAAGAAGAGGUGGAUGAGCAUGCUUUUUUCUCUGAGCAUUCUGGUACAAUGAGGAGCUUCUCUGGUUCUUCUGUGGAUGAUUCAUGGCAAUUUGCACCACUAAAGAUGAGUUCUCCUUCCUUGAAGCAGAGGAGCUGCUCUGGGUUACAGAGUGAAUACUCUUACUUGCAGCUUCAAAGCCUCACCGAUCACAGCACAAAACAAAGCAAGCAGGACGAUGAUGAGCCUUGCUACAUCAGAUUUGAAAUGCCUAAUGAAUUGGAGAAAGGAGAACCCCCAAAGACAGUCCAUCGUUUCUUUGAUGAAUGGCCACCAAAACAAAGGGAUUCAUGUCUGGAUUUGGAUGAUAAAUCAUCAAACAGCUCAUCAGUUUCAACAACCAGGCUCUCAAUAUCCAUCCCUUCAACCUCACAUGACUUCCCCAUUUUCAAUUCAAGAGCUCAUAAUGAUGGUUGAAUAUCCAGUAGUAGGUUUCUGCAUUAGAGGACAGUGAUGUACUUAGUGGGAUCACUUCUGUGAAUUCUGACUGUUUAGUAAUCUU